AUGGCACACGCUAAGAGAAAGACCAGAAAGCUUCGCGGUCACGUGUCUCAUGGACACGGACGUAUCGGAAAGCAUAGAAAGCAUCCCGGAGGUCGCGGAAACGCUGGAGGUCAGCAUCACCACCGCAUUAACCGAGAUAAAUACCAUCCCGGAUACUUCGGAAAGGUUGGAAUGAGGGUCUUCCAUCUCAACAAGAACGCCCACUACUGCCCAACCGUCAACGUUGAGCGUCUUUGGAGUCUUGUUCCAGAAGAUAUGCGCGAGAAAGUGAAUGACAAGAAAGCGCCAGUCGUUGACUGCGUGAAGCUUGGAUACUUCAAGGUCCUUGGAAAGGGACUCCUUCCAAAACAACCGCUCAUCGUUAAGGCCAGAUAUUUUUCGCACGAAGCUGAGAACAAAAUUAAGGCCGCUGGUGGAGCUUGCGUGUUGGUGGCAUAA